CAGGUUUCUAGCAGAAAGUAAGUUGGCCUUGCCAGUGCAUGUCAUAGGAUUCAAAGAAGGAGGGGAACCUUUUGACUUCACUGGGUACAAAACUGGUGCUAUGUUGGAGAAGAUUGCUGUGUGGGUUGGCGAAUCACAAAUAAAAGGCAUGAAAAUUUGGCUCACUAAUGGAGAAAUGAAACAAUUUGGAUAUCCAUAUUUUUGGUAUCCCAUUGAAUUUACAUUUCAGCCAGGAGAGCUCUUUACUUCUCUCUCGCUUUGGGCGAAUAAAGAUGAGACACGACUAGGAGCCAUCAUGUUCAAAACCAAUAAAAACAGAGAGUUCCUUGCUAGGAUGAAUCGGUGGGAAGUGAAUGUUGAAUUUCGAGUUGAUGUUGGUUCUGGUGUCUGUCUGGGAGUAAUAGGCAGAUCAGGAUGGGAAAUUGAUGCUUUAGGCUUCAUGUUCCUUGACUCCAUCAAAUCCAUUGUGAUGAAGAAUGUUGAAUACACAACUCUACACCAAGUCAUCCCCUCUGUGACUGUGGAAGAAAUUAAAUCCAUGACUUACAGAAACAAACUAACAGUUGGACAAGAGUACACACUGGACACCUCCAAAACAAUCACCAGAAAGUCAUCUUGGUCUGUCACCAACAGCCUGGAAUCCUCCUUCAGUGUUUCUGUCCAAGCUGGUAUUCCGGAAGUGGUUGAGGUAAAUAGUCAGUUAAGUUUCAAGUUGGGCAACAUCGCUACCUAUGAAUUAGAAACCAUUGAAGAGAAAACUGAGCCUCUGUCCUAUGUUAUCAAGGUUCCUCCUGGGAAAACAAUGAAUAUUAAUAUCACCAUUGGCAGAGUAAAUAUGUAUCUGCCAUACAAGGCUACUGUUAUAGUGACUGGUACUGAUGGUAGCACUUACCACUAUAUCAAAACUGGUACCUAUAAUGGAAUCACAUACACUGAUGCAAAAGCCGUCAUAACGGAGUCCAAGAAGCAACUUGAGUGAGAAACUUACCCUUUAAUGUAUCUCAUAUUAAGCACUUGCCUUAAUUACAAUUUUAUUUCUGAAGGUACAUAAAGGUGUGUUUUUCUGAAAUAUAUACUCAUAUGUAACCAUACAUGAGAUCUACAGAUUAAUUUUGCACACUGCAAGAAAUGUUUGUGGGUCCUUUGAAAUAAUAAAAAUCUAUUGGAUUUGG